UAUUAAAUGAGAAUUAUUAAAAUUUAAUGAAAUUGACCUCAAUAGUAAAGAGUUAAAGUAUAUAAAAGUUGUUGGCAAUGGAUUUGUGAUUUGAAUUUCUCUCUAUAUGUGAUCAUGGUUUCUGGGAUUGUUGAAAACCAGAACCUUGUAUUUCAAACUAUGGUUUUAUUAGUUUGAACAAUAUCAUCUUUGCAAUAUUACAAGUUAUUUAUAAAUAUGAGUGGAUGUUCACUGUUCAAUAUCCCUAUAUUGUAUUUGAUUUCUCUGUGAUUGUUAGUUAAUUUUAUACAUUGCAAUAUGAAAUUCAUGGGUGUUCAGUUAAUAAUGGAAUAGUUUGGUAUUCUGGUCUUCCGGGUAUAUUUUAUUGUUGGGCAUUCGUCUGGAGUUGAUAUAUUUUAUAAUCUGAAAUCAAUUUUCACACAAAGAAGUUCCAUCAAUUGUGCUUUUUAAGUACCAUAAAUUGAAGCUAAAGUAUGAAAUCGCUCUAGUUUGCAUGGUUCAUUGUUAUAUUGCAGAGAAAAACAACCUUGUUUCUGUGAUUUUUGUCCAAAGAUUGAUAACAUGAAUAAUAAAUGCAAAUAUUGUUCUUACCUGUUAAGCAUUUGUGACUAGAAAACAAAUAUAGGCUGUAUCAGAUUUAAAAUGGUACUGGCAUCCAAAGCAGACAGAAGACGAAAGCGGCGCCUUUCUGAAAACGAGCCGCAGUAUGAGAAGGUGGCAAGGAUAUCAACAUCUUAUGUAAAAGAAGAUUCGUCUAAAAAGAUAAAGCAUUUAUUGCCAAUCAAGGAUAUUUCUGGGGCUGUGAUUAAGCAGUAUGAAGAGUACUAUGUAGAUGAUGUGGUGGAGAAUGGUGUAAUUGAAGGUGAUCAUCAAGAUGAUGAAGUCAUGGAUAAACCUGAAGAGAAACCCAAAUUAAAUGUUCAACAAAUAAAGAUGCAGAUUGCUAAAAUGUGUUCAAAUAUAGUCAAUGAACCCCAGAUUCACUUCAGCAUUCUGAAGAAACUUCAAAACAUGAUGUGGACAGAAAAACCAAUGGAGACCUGUUUUAUUAUUCGUAAAUUAGCUAUGGCAUCAAUGGCCUGUGUCUUCACUGACAUUAUACCAGGUUAUCGAAUCAGGGAAAGAACCGAAGAUGAAAAGUCUGUGAAAUUAAGCAAAGAAGUUAGAACAUUGGUUGACUUUGAAGAAGGAUUACUGAGACACUAUAGAAGUUUUUUAGAGAGCUUGGAAAAAGUUUUAAAAAAAGAAAAGAAUGAGAAAAAUCCUAUUCUUUCUGGAGAAGAGAAAAAAGAAUUGACUUUCUUGGCAGUCAAAUCUCUUUGUGAAUUGUAUGAAAAGACAACACAUUUCAACUUUCAUAACAAUAUCGUUAUGGUUCUUGUGCCUCUAACAAAUUCUAGCAAUAAACAAAUAUCAGAAAUGUGUUGUAAUUCUGUGAGAAGUAUUUUCCGAAGUGAUAAAUCAGGAGAGGCAUCUUUGGCAACAAUCAAAGUAUUAUGCAAACUAAUAAAAGAUGAAAGUGGAUCAAAGAGAGGGAUUCGUCCUGAGGUUCUUGACACGUUAUUGUCGUUACAUAUAAACCAUGUUGAUUUUGAAGCGAUGUCUCGUCAACCUAACAAAUUGAGUGCAAAGGAUAAGAAAAAGGCUGCUGCGGAAAAGAAAAGGUUGUCAAGAGGUCAACGAAAGCAUUUGAAGCGCCAAGAAAAAUUGCAGAAUGAACUCAAGGAAACAGAAGCCACAGAAAGGAGGGAAACAAAAAUAAAAUAUCACACUGAAAUUAUUCAGCAAGUUUUUCUGGUGUAUUUUAGGAUUUUGAAACAAAAGAAAGGUCAAAGGCCAGAAAGGCUAUUGAAUUCUGUUUUGGAAGGUCUUGCACAAUUCGCACAUCUGAUCAACAUAGAUUUUUUCAGUGAUUUGAUUCAAGUUCUACAGAAUCUCAUAUCUUCUGGUGAUCUUAAUUAUAGGCAAAACUUGUGUUGUAUAUCAACUGCAUUUAAGGUCUUAUCUGGUCAAGGAGAGGCACUCAAUAUUGAUCCGACUGAAUUUUAUAAGCAUUUAUAUGAGGCGUUGUUUCAGCUAAUUUAUUCAACUACUGGAUAUAAACGAAACGUCAAAAGAGGGAGAGAUGAAAAUCGACUUAGUGAUCUGAAUUUAACAAUGAAUUGUUUGAAUAUAAUGCUCAACAAAAGAAGACGGCAGGUAACACUUGGUCGACUGCAAGCAUUCAUCAAACGGCUAGCUGCUUUAUCACUUAAUCUACACCCAGCAAGCUCAGCUAAAGCUGUUUUAGUUAUCACAUCUAAAUUGAUUCAAAGCAACACUAAAACAAAUGCUCUAUUCGAUAUUGAGUCACAAGCCAAAGGUGUGUAUUUGGCGGAACUUGAAGAUCCUGAACAUUGUGGAGCAACAUCUGCUUGUUUGUGGGAACUUCAUGCACUCAGAAGACAUUAUUGUCCUGAUUUGAGAAAGCAAUCCAGUAAAAUAUUACGGGACUCUGCUAAGGAACAACAACAUAGACAUAGAUGAUUUGUCGGAUAGUUUUAAAAUAUAACUAUUACAUUAUUUCUGUUGUGUGA